AUGUCUGACGACGAAUACAAUGAGGGCUAUGAUGAAGGCGCUCCAGAAGAAUACAACGACGGUUACGAUCAAGGAUACGAUCAAGAUGAGAGCGGUUAUGAUCAACAAGGGUAUUACGAGCAAGAUGAGCCUGAAGAAGAAUAUGGAGAGGUAGAGAAGAAUGAGGCCUAUGAAGAACCGGCAAGUGAGAAUUAUGAGGAGCAAGAAGAGCCGGAGGGUUAUCAGCAGCCAGCAGAGGAGGAGGAAUAUCAUCAAGGAUCGAAUUAUGCCGAAGUUGAGGAACCUCAAGACGCUGGAAGUGGAGUCCAAUUAGGUGGAUUUGUGAAGGACGCGAUGGACGGAUUUGGAGGCGGAUCCAUUCAUGAUGUCGUAGAUACGAUUCAAAACAUUGCUGGAGGCAGUGGAGGUAAUAUUUCGAACAUUUUUCGUUUAAUUUUAGAUUUUAAUCACGUUUGGAACAUGAAUCAAAUGUUAAAAUUGUUAAAUUUUGAUGGUGGCGCAAUUUUAUGCCAAAAGGAUGCAUAAAACUGCAUUGCAAAGUGUCUCCCGUUUCGGAGGCUUCGUGAAAUUGUCUAAGUACUCUGAGUCAUUCGAAUUUUACCUCAUGACGUCUUUUGUAAAAGCAAAUGAUGUUCAAUUUUGGCAUUAGUCAUCACUAAAUCGAGCAAAGCUUCCGAAACCUUCCAUCUUCUUGGAAGUUUUUGUAGCGGGCCUAAAAUUAGGGCUCCUGUUGGACUGCUGACAAUGGGAAGGUUUGAAAAAGGUGAUUUUUUAUCUGAAAAAAGGGUCAGUGGUUUCCCAGGGAGAUUUUAAUAUUUAUAAAUUUAAAAAUUUUAUCUCUUAAGAUACGGUAAUUUUUAGGUUUGUCCAACAUCAUGGCCAGUGGCGGACUGGAGACCAUUGCUGCCGGCCUCAUCGCUACUGCUGCCCAUAAAUUCUUUGGGAUAAAUCCGGAUACUGGAAGAAUAAUUGGAGCGAUUGCCGGAAAUGUCAUCUUCCAAUUGGGGGGAAAACACAACAGUUUGAGUGAUAUUGGCAAGAUCGUCUUGGACAAUAUUGUUAGCGGGAAAUAUAAAAGAAAGGUAAAAUUUGAAAAUUUUUAGUCAUCAUUUUUUGUGAUCAAAGCAAAUUUUUACUAAAUUGUAAUUGAUGUAUCAAGAUGAAUAUAAAGAGGUAAAUGGUUUAGGUUGAUCCGUUCAUCUCUCCAACUCCCGGAGUCCAGAGCUUCAACCUCGACUUCAACACUGAACGUCAGCGAUGUCUGGAUGAACGAAGGCUUUUUGAGGACCCCGAAUUCCCAGCUGCUGAUUCCAGCUUGUACUUCAGCAAACGCCCGAAAAUGGAAAUCGAAUGGAAACGUCCUGCAGUGAGUUUUCUAUUUCCGUGGAACAAAUUUUUUUAGUGGACGUUUCGGAGAAAGAUUUUUUUAAUGUCUCAAAAUUAACAAAAAUAUUUUUAGGAGAUCGUAAGCGAUCCUCAGCUGAUUGUCGGUGGCGAAUCUCGCUUCGAUGUGAAGCAAGGCGCCUUAGGCGAUUGUUGGCUUCUCGCCGCCACGGCCAAUCUGACUCUCCGUGAAGAAUUAUUUUAUCGUGUAGUCCCUCCAGACCAAAGUUUCACGGAGAAUUACGCCGGAAUCUUCCAUUUCCAGUUCUGGAGAUACGGGAAGUGGGUGGAUGUUGUGGUAGAUGACAGGCUGCCAACUCAUAAUGGGGAAUUGGUGUAUAUGCACUCGGAUGAGCAUAAUGAAUUCUGGAGUGCACUUCUGGAGAAAGCUUAUGCUAAGUAAGUGAUCGUUUUGAAGGUUAUGUUUUAAUCGGAUAUUUUUAUUGACGAAGUUUUGCUUUUUGUCAUGGAUAAUGUAAAAAUUUCAGACUCUACGGUUCUUAUGAGGCCCUGAAGGGUGGAUUUACGGCUGAUGCCCUCGAGGACUUCACUGGAGGUCUUAUUGAAGACUAUGACAUAAAAGAAUUGCCGAAGGAACAUCUCUUGGCCUUGAUGGUUAGAGGCUUCCAGAUGGGGUCUCUUUUUGGAUGUAGCAUUGAUGUAAGUGCCAUUUGACAAAUAGAUCUUUCUUCUGACAUCGACCAAAACAUUUGUCUUUGCAGGCCGAUCCAGAAGUCACUGAAGCUCGUUGCGACAACGGCCUGGUCCGAGGCCACGCCUACAGUAUCACUGCCCUUCAAACCGUCUCAGGCCCUCGAGGCAUGACUCCAAUUUUAAGAGUACGAAAUCCCUGGGGCAAUGACACCGAAUGGAACGGCGCCUGGGCGGAUGGAGCCCAAGAAUGGGACUAUGUGAGCUACGAGGACAAGCACAAGAUGCAAGUGGUAUUCAAAGCAGAUGGAGAGUUUUGGUAAGUUACAGUAGUCCAAAAUACUUUCUGGGGCCAAAAUAUACUCUCCGAACGGGUGAAGACGUGAAUUUUUAAUUGCAGGAUGAGCUUUGAUGACUUCGUCAGAAAUUUCGAGAAGUUAGAGGUUUGUAACUUGGGUCCAGGUGUGAUGAAUGAAAUCGCCGAGAUGACUGGGGUUGCACAGGUCCCAGAGUCCGCGUGGACUGAAUUCCAAGCCGACGGGCAAUGGCUGGAUUCCCAAGGAACCGCUGGAGGAUGCCAGAAUAAUUGUAAGUCUGGGAUUUUAAAAUUAUGAAUUUUAUGAGAUUUUUAUUGAAAAAAAAAUUAAUUAAUUUUUUAAAUGUAAAAUUUCUAUUGCUUUGUAUCUCACAAUUUCUUAUAGUGUACAUGUAUUUUGUGCAUCUAUUUUCAGCCACCUACGCCAAUAACCCUCAAUAUGGCGCUAAAAUUACAAUUGGAGAUAAUUCAGUGGAACAAGACGGAAAGGCCACAGUUAUUGUCGCUCUACUCCAGAAAUACCGCCGAGAACUGCGUGUGGCUGGACUUGAUAAUUUAGCCAUUGGUUUCGCCGUCUACGAACUUCCUAGACCAACAAGACAAGGCCCGGAUUACCUCGACCAUGCCCAUAAAGUGGCCAAGAAUCCAGUGUUCAUAAACAGUCGUGAAGUCACUGCCAGAUUCAGAGUAACGCCAGGAGAAUAUCUAAUCAUCCCGUGCACCUUCAAACCUCACGAGGAUGCGGAAUUUUUGUUGAGGAUCUACACGAGCGGAAAGGUUGAAGCUGGGUACGUUUUUGGUUCAACAUAA